CUUACACAAGACACAAGAUACAGACACUGAAACUGGCUUGCAUUGUGGCGAAGCUCAUGAAACACCUCAGGUCAUGGUCAUCAACUGAGUUCACUGAAUGCAUUUCUAAUCUAGACACUUUCCUUUAACGACUUUAGACAUGGGGACUUACUCAGACCAGAGGGAAGGGUACAUGCAAAAUGGGCAUUCAGGAAACGGCAAGACAUUGGCUUUCAUCCCCGGCAUGGAGCUCCGGGAGGAAUGGCAGGAUGAGGAGUUCCCCAGACCUCUUCCUGAGGACACACAGAGUCCUGGCGAUGAAGAGGAAAGCCCUGGAACUGAGGCAAACAGGCCUGUCCCUCCAACUAGCCUGGCCCUUACAGGUAAUACCGUCAGGAAGAAGCGACUAGUGGCGCCAACUCUUAGUUUAACACUGGACAAAACCUCUACUGACCGGAGCAUGAAAUCUGAUGAGUUUGAUGCUUCUGCCCUUUCACCAUCUCCUGAUGAUGACCCAGAGAUGGACAUUAACCUGGAGGCCUUAGAGACACCCUCAGACAGCGAGUCUUACAACUUUCCAGACAGCAUGCACGACUUAGAGUGGGAAGAUGAUCUUCCCAGGAUGGGCAAAGCAGCAAUCAGAAAAGCCAGUUUACUGGAGCACGCAGAGAUGGGACACCUGGACUUGGAUCAGGUGGACAGCAAUGGGCGACGAUGGAGACGAUUUCAUAUUGGCGGACAAGACUAUCAAGUCAACAUGAGUGUUCUGGAGCCAUACCUUCAAGUUCUUUCCCACGGAGGAUAUUAUGGGGAUGGAUCGACAGCCAUCAUUAUGUUCACCUCUUGCUACCUACCAGAAAAUACAACAGAACACUAUGAAUAUGUAAUGGACAAUCUCUUCAGGUACAUUAUUGGCACAUUGGACUUGAUGGUGUCUGAGAAUUACAUAUUGGUGUAUCUGUGUGGAAUGGCCCCUCGCAAUAAGAUGCCUGGGAUUAAGUGGCUUCGACAGUGUUACAUGUCCAUCGACAGACGGUUAAGGAAAGACUUGAAAGGGCUUUUCGUGGUUCACCCAGCCUGGUACAUGAGAGCGUUAAUCACCGUCAUCAAACCCUUCAUCAGUGAGAAAUNCAGCAGGAAGAUGCGCUUCAUCCACAGCUUGCAGGAACUGGCAGAGUUUGUUCCUGUGGCCCAGCUGCAAAUCCCAGACUGCAUCAGACAGUAUGAUGAGCAGAUGAACAGGUGAAGGUGUCUGAUGGACAGACUUCACACUGGACUGGGGUGACAUGCAUGUGGCUGGGGUUAAAGGUCAAGCUUUAGGGCAAAUGCCCUAAUGACAGAAAAACAGCUUCCUACCAGACGACUCUUUGAUGAAAUACAAAAAGACAGUGUUGUGCUUCAGAGAGACAGAGCUGUGUCAUGCCGUAAGGUGGGUCAGGAGAGUUCUGUGAGCAACAUGAAAGCCUGUUUGACGUCAUUGCAUUUAAACUGUUACACAAAAACAGACAACCUUGUCAUGUUUCCCAGACUGUAGAAAAUGACAUUCAUUAAUAACAAUUACUUUUCAUAAAACCUAUUAUAUUUAGGCAUGAGAAAUACCAAAUACUUAUUUUGAAACAUUUCCUUUUGGACUUACAGUGAACAUACCCAAAUUAGGAUAAAUAUUAGUUUUAAUACUUGCACUAAAUGGUUACAAAAUCUUGUUGUAUGUUAUCUGAAACCUGUAUGAACCAAACUCUUCAAACUACUAUCUGGCUGUUUUUAUAAGUCUUUUAAAGUGGUAUUGACUCUUAUUCUAUUCAAAUUGUUUUUAUAUAUUCUGUAAAAUGCAUUGUACUUGAGCAUUUAAUCACGUGUGAAUGUUUUUAGCACAAAUGCAGCAAUGCUCAAACUUACUGCAAAAUCAGAAAGCUAUUACAAACAAAGUGUGUAAUAUUGCUGUAAGAAGCCGCAUUGUUCAGUUUAUACUUGUUGCAAAUAUAAUCGUGCUUGGUUUUCUUCUGGAAUAUGGUUGGGAAAUGUUCUCUAAUGAUCAGCUGCUGCUGCCUGUAUAGUGGCCCAUUGAAUGUGCUUUCAUUUAAUAGACUCCUAUGUGCAAAUAUUUAUACAAGGCCACACCUGAACAACCUGAGCUUUCAAACUGCACAUACUACAUGUAUGUCUUGUCUAUGAUAUUUAAGGAAAUAAAGGGUUACAUUAAAACA